UUUCUCAGUUGACUAGCGGCUUUGCGGAUGCGGCAUUGUACGCGCGAGUAGUGACAGGCAGGCACAGUGUCUCAGUCCGUUUCAUAUUUUAAUUGGCGCUAUUGCUAUAAUUAACGCAUUUGUUGACGGCAUAAAAUUUAUUAAACUAGACGCGAUCCGUUGUGUCUUGUGCGUGAUAACAAAAAGGUAUAACUGUAAUUUACAUACCUAGUUCAAAAUGGCAACAGAAAUAACGAAUAACGUACCCGAAAACACAGAAAAAGAAAAAGAGCUCAAGGAGGACGCGCCGGCAGACAAUGGCCAAACUAAAGAAGAAGCUCCGGCCGCUUGUGAAAAAACAGAUGAAAAGGUCGAGGAGAAGAAAGUAGAGCCUGCCCCGCCUAAGCCGACGGUACACAAAGCCAAUUUUGAGAAAGAUAUCGUGUACCUUUACCAAUUUUCACGAACUCCUUUGUUGCCAUCAACUUCCCCUUACUGCUUGAAAGUUGAAACAUGGCUCCGUCUUGCUGGUAUCAAGUACGAGAAUGUGGACCACAAGGCAAAAUUUAGAUCCAAAAAAGGUCAAUUACCUUUUGUGGAAUUGAAUGGCGAAGAAAUUGCUGACAGCACAUUUAUCAUCAAAGAACUGUCGGAGAAGUACAAUAAGGAUCUUGAUGCUGCUCUGACGCCGGAGCAGCGGGUGGUGGCACACGCGAUGAUCUCCAUGAUUGAGAACCAUCUCUCAUGGGUCAUUAUGUGGUGGCGCGCCAAGUAUCCCGACAGUGUCAUUAAAGGAUAUCAAGUGAAUCUACAGAACGCGCUCAACACUCGCCUGCCAAAUCCCAUCCUGAACUUCUGUUUCAAGCUUACAUCUGGGCGCAAGGGAAUGAAGAAGGCCAAAGCCCAUGGUAUCGGCGUCCAUAGCCAGGACGAGAUCCUUGAGUUCGGCAAGAACGAUUUGCGUGUGCUUUCAGAUUUGUUGUCCGAUCGUCCAUUCUUCUUCGGUGACGAACCAACACUUCUGGACGUGGUUGCGUUCUCAAAUCUCGCGCAGUUGCACUUCAUAGACAAAGAGGUGGCACACCCCCUGCGAGAUGCGAUGAACGAUUCCUUCCCGAACCUGGUGGGCCUCGUCUCCCGCAUCAAGGAGCGUGCUUUCCACGAUUGGGAUGACAUUUGCACCACUCUUGACUUGAAUGCGCACCUUCCCAAACCUGUGAAGGAGGUCAAGGAGACCAAGGAGGGUACCGGCCCCGCUGAAAAACAACCGUUGCCAGAUGACACAGAAAAGGGCAAAGGUGACGAAAAGGAGAAAGAACAAGAAAAAGAACCCGAAGAUAAGAAAGAGAAAGACGAUAAAGAAAAGGAGAAGUAAAUAAUCACACUGUUAUACGGCGAACAGAACAUGUCGGCGAGUAAACGAAUCGGGACAUUUGCUUACUGUUUGUUUCACACAAAGUACUUAUUCUGGUCGUGCAACUGCAAAUGGACUGUGACAACAUGGGUGAAUGCCUCAUGCAUUUAAACAAGAAUUUGUUCAAAAACCCCUUGGUCCCACACUUAUGAACCAGGACAAAACCCCUCAUCGCCAACUCGCCGGCACCCUUAGCAUACAAGUUACACAUAAGAGUCAGACUCGUAAUACGUUCUGUAAAUUAUACUCGUAAUAUGCGUGUAAAUCCAUUUGUCUUUCCCGUUUAUUUCAGUUGUCGACGCUAGUAUGUCGUUACAUUAUUUUGUGUUUUUUGAUUCAAUGUUAGUUUUUAAUUAAUUUGAUCUAUGUCGUGUCGUGAAAAUCCAUGCAAUCGAUUUAUGAACUCCGCUCUUAGAAAUUAAUAAAUGUCUAGUUACAAUAUACUGUACAACAUUGAUUUAGCGCUUCGUAAUAUUCGUUUAUAUUGUAUUAUUCUCUUAUUUUAAAUUUUUAUGAAGUAAUUAUAUUAAUGUCAGAUAAGUAAUUCGGUUGUUAAGGUACUUACAGGACUAGGUAAUUAUUCAAGAAGUAAAUUAAAGUAAAUAGACGUUACUUACAUGUAAAACAUUCAAUGUGUUGACGUAGUUGAGAUCACUCUCUCGUCUAGUUUUAUCUCGUACUCAAUAGUAGUUAAGCUUAAUUAGGGAGCGUAACAUGACUUAUAUAAAAUUUACACCUGUUUAUCUCAAUUUAGUUAUUCUCUUAUAAUUGUUCUCAUUGAAAAAUAUUCUAAUUCAAAAUAUUAAAUCUAGUUACGUAAUUUAUGAUACCAAAAAUUUGGUCUGAAAUUUAGUAAAUAAAUAUGAAAGUAUUAUAACUCGAAAUUGAAGCUUUUGUUACUUUAAAAUGGAAUGAACUGUGAAGGUGGUUUUAGAAUGUUUUGAGAUUCUUGUACUCUAUUGGUUUUUACAAUUAAAAUUUACAAUUUACAAGUUUUUGAUAAACGAGAAAGCCUGGAAGACUGUUUUAUCAUGUUAUUAUAUAAUUCAUAGUCCAUAAAAUUUUGAUAUUAUAUUAAUUGUUAAGAUCUAGGUCGAAUGUACUCAAUUUUAUAAGUACUAAAUUAGUAUUCAAAUUAACUGAUAUAAUCUCUUAGAUGACUUGUAAUUUUGAUGAUUCAAAUGUCAUGGAGUUUUUUUCGUUUCAAUUAUCUUUUGUGUAAUUUGGAUUUAAAGACAAUCAUUAUCAUAACAUGUGGAUACAGGCUAUUUUAACAAAUUAACUAUUUGAGAUAAGAUUAGUUAAGUCAUUUCACCAUUUCACUUUCUUCAUUACUCAUGUUAAAAAAAUACUCACUUAAGACUGGUUUCGAGUCAAUAUUCUCGGAAUUUUAUUGAAAUCUGACUGAUUAAUUAGAUGACAUUGUUCUUCACCUAUAUUUUCGAUUUGUAUAGAUUUGCUUUUGUGCGUCAGAUACUGAAACAGGCUUAUUUAUUAAUAAUAAAAGUAGUAUUUAAUAAUUAACUUGCAUACAUUCCGGUUCAAAGAAAUAUGAUAAUUUCUUGUAUUCUCAUUACGGCUUUGUCGUUAGAUUGGCGUAAUAAAUUAUUUGGUGUUCUGUAUUAGAGAAUGUUGUAGAAAUUAAUGGCUUUAGUGGGUUUGUUUCAGUGAGGUAAAGUUAAGAAUAAUAUAACUAAGCAUAAUUCUGGAAUAAUCCGUAUUAAUAAUUGAUGACUUAUCCUAAGAUAUAUAUAUAGCGAAAUAUUCACAUAAAGAUUUGUUUUAGAUUAAGCGGACUUAGUACCAUAAGGUCUAAGAUAUUUCCGCAUUUAGACAUAGAUUCAAAUAAAUAGAGUAGUAUAAAUCGAGAAAGCGCCACCAGUCUUUCUCAACAGCCGUGCUAACCCCACUGCCAUUUAUUAGAUUCAGAUUUAGGAUUAAUAUAAGAAUCUUAAUAGUGUAGUAAUCAUGAUGUACUCCAUUUGGCAGAUAACUAUCUCGACCGAAACGAUCACCACCUUAUAUUUGGUCUUCAUCACUAAAUUUGAGUCACUACUGUGUACUUCAUAAAUCUAUAAUCCAUUUUUUCUAUAUAAGCCUGUUUCAGUGCUUUAGACAAACGCACACUAUCGCAAGAAGGAUGUCGGAAGUGACCACCUAGACCAUCUGCAGUAAAUACGAAUUGAAUUGAAUGUUUUUAGCUGUAUUAGGGACGUCUGUUUAGCAAGCGGUUAGUCUAGCAAUAGUUAAUCUCUAUUUUUAAGAUUCAAUGGCUCAUAUUAUACAACGUAAUAUACCCUUUUGAGACAAUAAAGAGAAGUAUACUAUUCAAAACAAAUGGUGAUCUCACCACAUUUUUGGUUUAAAAGUGGCAGUUGUUGAUUCAUUCUGUUGUAUUAGUAUAUUUUCAUUCACUAAGACAGUAAAAAAGAUAAAAUAGUUUGAGUGUAGUUGUGUUGAAUUAUUUACAACAACGAAAAGUGAUAAGUUUGCGCGCGUGCUUAUAGGAUCAAAAUUCCAUAUUUUCUGAAAAUUUUAAUCUUUUUUAACAUUCCAAAAGUCUUAAAAUUUAAUCUGCAAUGGAUAGAAAAAUUUCUUUAUUGUCUCACCCAAUAGAUGUAAUUUAUAUAAAUAUUUGAAUAAUUUGUCUGACUCGUAUUGUAAGUUAGGACUAUAAUACAAAUUAAUUACCGUAACUAUUACUUAAAUAGUUUUUUUUUCAAAUAUGUUUAUGUUAUUAUUAGAAUUUUAGGAUGAAUUUAAGAUUGAACUACUUUAUUAUUGAUUUAAAAUUUAUGAUUAUGAUCUAUAGUUUAUGAUUUCUUUGUAUUUUCUUUGUAUAAUCAUAUUAUUAAUUCGCAUAUAGUAAUUGUGGUUUUCAAUUAAUGUGUCAAUAUUUAAAAGUAAGUAAUAUUGAAUUAGAUAUGGUUCGCCAUAAAUGUACCGUUAUAUGCAACUGAGCUUUCAGUGGACACAACCUAACCAUAAGUAAUAUUUCAAUGUAAUAUUCUGUCGCCAUUAAAGUAUAUAUAUCAACCAAAA